GAAACAUUUUCAUGAAUGGACUCAAUCCCACCUUCUUCCCUCCAAAUCCUUUCCCAAAUCCUCCCCCUUUUCGCUAUCUUCCUCCUAAAUUUCGAAACCUUCACCAAUUUUUGGAGCCAAUUUCGAAAAUUUCUCCUUCAAUUAUCACCUUCGAAUCCAUCUCCCCCAAAACAAAACCCUACCUUCUUCUCCUCCUCCUCAUCCACUCUCCUCGCUUUCUUCAGAAAAUUCAAUCUAGCUUUAUUGUCAAUGGACUCGAGUGAUCCACCACCACCGUCUCCUAAAAUCGAAAACCCAAUCAAAACCCUAGACGACGAGUCUUCCCCCACCGCUCCGAUCCGAGCCCUCGUUGCUCACUCCCUCGCUCUCUCCUCACCAAUUCGCCAGAUCCAACACGAAUCUCCCUCUGAUAAAACCCCUUCUUCAGCCGAUAACGAGUACAGACCUUCUCAGAUUCCCUCUGACGACAACGACAAGAGUUACAUCCCCAGUUUCGAAUAUCUCAGCGACGACGACGAUCACAAGAUGGAGCCUCCAGAGCCCUUCUCAUGGUCGUAUCUGAAGAACGAACCCACUGGUGUUGGCGCUGGUUUGUAUAACUCAGGCAACACUUGUUUCAUAGCUUCUGUCUUACAGUGCUUCACUCAUACUGUGCCUCUUCUUGACGCUCUUCGCUCUUACAAGUAUCAAGAUCCUUGCUACUGUGGAAAUGAGAGUUUCUGUGUUUUGAAGUCUCUCAGAGAUCAUAUUGAGCUUGCUUUAAGGUCUUCUGGAUAUGAUCUACAGAUCCAUCGGUUUCGUGAUAACAUUAAUUAUUUCUCUCCUGACUUCCAGAUUAACAACCAAGAAGACGCUCAUGAGUUUCUACAGUCCUUUUUGGAUAAGUUAGAGAGAUGUUCUCUGAAUCUCACUAGUAGAAAUACGCCUGGAGCUGUUGUCUCUUCUCAAGGUGUUAACAUCGUUGACAAUGUCUUUGGUGGACGUCUCGUUAGUAAGCUUCGUUGCUGCAACUGCAACUCCUUUUCAGAGAUAUUUGAACCGUCUGUAGGAUGGAGUCUUGAGAUUGACGAUGUGGAAGAUCUUUCAAGCGCUCUAGAGUCUUUCACAUGUGUUGAAAAACUGGAGGACCAGCUUACGUGUGAUGACUGUAAAGAGAAAGUCUCAAAGGAGAAGCAACUUAAGUUCGAUAAGCUGCCUCUUGUUGCCACGUUCCAUUUGAAGAGGUUUAAGAACGAUGGAGUCUAUAUGGAGAAGAUCUUCAAGGAUGUCAAGUUCCCUUUGGAGUUGGAUAUGCUUCCUUACAUGAGCAGUAACGAAAAUCCUGAAGUUUCGACAAAGUACUAUCUCUAUGCCAUGGUGGAGCAUCUCGGGAGUGGAGUACAUUUUGGCCAUUACUCAUCUUAUGUGAGAUCUGCUCCUGGGACAUGGCACCAUUUUGAUGACGCAAAGGUAAGGAGAAUCAGUGAAGAAUGUGUUCUAUCAAAGACCGCUUAUAUGUUGUUCUACGCAAGAGAAGGAACUCCUUGGUUCUCUACUGCUUUUGAAGAGCUGAAGACGUUAUAUGAAGCUACUCCGAUAAGUUUCUCGCCCACGUCGGUGCUUGAGACCACCUGUAGAGAGGAGAGUAAUGCCAACAAAGCAUUUAAUGGCUCGGUGGGAGUAUCGAUCCCGGGUGGAAGUUACUCAGAUUACCGUUGUGAUGAGGCACAAGAUGAAGUGUUUCAUUCAGCGGAGCCUAUCAGUUACGACACAUCUUUUGCCUUUGAGUCACCACCAAAGGCUGAUGAAUCUGGGAGACCGUUUGCUGAGACCUCUCACCAAGAAGAGGUUACUCUGUAUCCAGCUGGCAAGAGAGCUACUACCAUUGACGCUUCUGAGGUCAAGAUUCAAGAGCAAGACCCAUCUCCAAAACGAAAAGCUGCUGAGAGAGCUACCACUGGUGAAGAAGCUUAUCUGCCUAAGCCCAAGAUUCAAAAACCAAAUUCUUUUGCAAAACGCCAAGGAACAUUUCAGAUUCAACGUGAGCAUUUGCAAAACAAUAAGAAAGAAGGAACUCCCCAAACAAAGCCGAUUAGAAGCACUGUUACCACUGCUUCUGUUGCAGAUCCGAAGGAGAAAGAACAUGCUAUUCAAUAUCUCAGGAACACGCCUUCAUCCCGCUCUCGAAUGCUGGCUGCAGCUAUAGGUGUUGAGGUCAAGAAGAAGAAUAUCUCUAACAUCAGAAGAUCAAAUCUUCACAGGAAUCUCUCUGAACGGCCAUCAAAUUGAAGUUUGGGAUUAAAGCUACUCUGUUCAACUUUCUUUACUUGAUAUGACGAGUUUUCAUUAGUUUUUUUCUUUGUUUGGGGUUUUCUUGUGUAUAUCACUCUUAUCAAAUUUUGUAAAGCUCCAACCAAAAAUCUAUAUAAAGAUUGAUGUUUUUUUCAA